AUGUAUACGGGUCUCUUUGUAGGCCAGCCGCCGCCAUCCAUCCCUGUGCUCAAUGCGUGGCUCGACGACCACAACGUCCAACGCGUCGACGGCGUUGAGAUUGCACCCAUGGCUAGCGGCUCCGGACUACGGCUGGUGGCGACUCGCGACCUCGAUGUCGGCGAGACGAUCUGCAAGAUUCCCAAGUCUGCCCUCUUAUCGACACGAACUAGCCCGCUGCCGAUGCUCUCUCGACCGUCCAGCACGACGACAUCGCACACCAUUCUCGGCCUGGCCCUGGCGCUCCUCCACGAGCUCCGACUCGGGGUAGACUCUGAUUUUUGGGGCUACAUACAGUCUUUGCCGCGAGAGGCUGUUCCCAUCCCGACUUUGUGGCCCUUGGAGGACGCUGGGUCCGACGCACAGCUCGCCAUCCCGUGGCUGCGGGGCACGGAGGCCGAGCGCGAUCUCAGGCGGCGCGAGCGCGAAGGUGUGGGACUGGUUCACUUGCGCGCAUUCUACGACGCGGCCCUGCCCCACCUCCCACCAACACGGCUGCACGCUGAGCCCUCGCCCUUUGAUGCGUUUGCCUACGCCUUUUCUUUGGUCAGCACACGCGCGUUCGUCGUCGACCUGUAUCACAUGGUCGCGCUGUGCCCGUUUGCCGACAUUCUCAACCACUCGGCCAACAGCCAUACCUCGUUGGCGAGCGAUGAUUUCGUGUGUCACAAGUGCGGGCAGCUCUCGAGCUGUGACCAUGACGUGCUGGGUCCCAACGACUUGCCUGCUCGACUGGAGCAUGUGAGCCCCGCCGAGGUUGAGCGUAUCGAGCACGAGCCCGACACCGUCGACAUGUACGUCGAAUGGGGCGUCCCCGCCGGCCGCGAGGUGAUGAACUCGUACGGCGAGAAGAUUGGCGAGGCUCGUUUGCUCGUCGAGUGGGGAUUCGUGCCGGGCUCGCGACCGGCCCCUCUUGAUUCUGAGGACGAAGAGGACGCCGACAACCAGGACCUCGAAGACGAUGCGGAUGAGCACUUUGCCGGCGACGGCGUGACAUGGGACAUUGACGAGGUUGUGGACGAAUCGCUCGCGCUUGAGUGGAUCGAGAGGGAGGAAGGCGACCCCGAGGCCCUCCUGCUCUUCCCUCUCGACGCGUCCACUCCGACGACUGCAGAGGGCUUCGCGGACGACAGCGCACUCAUCUGUGCUCCCUCGGACCGCGAGGGCGUGUACCACCUCAACUAUGCCGGUCAAGUCUCGCUGCGUAUCUUUGGCGCACUCCACCUCGCCGAGACAAAGCGAUUGGGUGACACCAACUCCACUUUAGUCUCAGAUAUCAACCACCUAGAGGCGGCGUGGGAGCAUAUCCAGAACAGCGUAGAUGUGCCCACCCUCGCACCGACGUUACUGGCCACUGCCAAGGCCAUGAGGGCGCUCAUCGCCGACCGCCUCGACGGUAUGAACCGUCCCAAGCUCAGCGUUGGGGACUUGUACGAUUUGAGAGAGGACCUUGCUCCUGAUGCCGACCUCCAGGCCAUGGCACUGACAAUUGUCAUUAAUGAGGUAGCGCUCCUCCGCUCGGCUCUCGAGCGAUGGGAUGAUCUGCUCCAGUUUGCGGGCGACAAGGACGACGACGACGAGUAG